AUGAAAAAUCACAACUUUAAUAAGAAAGACUAUUAUUGUGAAAACAAUAAAAGUUCUAAAAGUAAUUUAAUAAAAAGCAUAAAGGAAAAUAGAGUAAUCAUAGAAUUUUUGUAAUUUUUAGUUCACCUCACAUCUAUAGAUAACACUUUAAUAUAAUCUGGGUCUAAUUCAUUAUAAAUAUUAGUUUAGUUGAAGGUUGACAUUAGAAACUAAAAUUUUGAAAAUAUUAAGUUCUAAAAAAUACUUCUUUAGUAGGAGGUAAUUUUUUCGGUGUAAUUUAAGUGCAUCCUAAUUUGA